CGCUUUUCCUUUCACUAUCAGGAACGCUGGCGGUGUAGGGUGCAGAUGGGGCACCUCUGGCACCUCCACAUCUGCGGCACAAGUCCCCAGACAGUAACAAUUAGCGGCAGAAGCGCCGGAGGAGGAAUGCAUGUGGAAGUGACCGGCUCUGUGGCAUUCAUUGUGUCUCUUGCUGCUUGUGACUUUUGAAAAUGGCAGUUUUGCUUUGAAGAUAUUUUUAUAUUCUACUGAUUGCAGGGAUUUUGUGCUGACAAAAAGCCCAACGUGAUCCUUUGAGUAACCCAAGCUGUUUUCAUCUGAGAGAGGAGAACUUGAGCCAUUGUCUUAUGCUGGUACUGCAAUGCUGAGUUCUAGCUCGACUGCUGUGAAGAAUCUCCCUCUGAAGAGGAGGCUCUGUUUUCUGCUGAAACUUGUGUGCUUUGUCAGCUCCGUGUUAAUAUUUUGUGAGUUUUUAAUUUACUAUGUGGUAAUACUUCAAUGCCGAUGGCCAAACGUGAAAGGUGGAGCUCACAUGACUGAAAAAGAGACUUCAGCUUCAGUCCUAAAGGCCAUAAUUUUAGCUGAUACACACCUACUUGGUGAAAUCAAAGGACAUUGGCUGGAUAAGCUAAGAAGGGAAUGGCAAAUGGAGAGAUCUUUCCAAACUGCCUUAUGGUUACUGCAGCCAGAUAUUGUUUUUAUUCUGGGAGAUGUUUUUGAUGAAGGAAAAUGGAGCUCACCUCAGGCCUGGGCAGAUGAUGUCAGGAGGUUCCGGAAAAUGUUCAAGCAUUCGGCUUUUACGGAGCUGGUGGUCAUCGCUGGGAAUCACGACAUCGGAUUUCAUUACGAAAUGACUACUUACAAAGUAAAUCGAUUUGAAAAGGUUUUCAACUUUACUUCAGGAAAGCUGAUAACUCGGAAAGGAAUAAACUUUGUCCUAGUGAACAGUGUAGCCAUGGAGGGUGAUGGCUGUGCUGUCUGCCGUACCUCAGAGGCAAAACUUGUGGCACUUUCUCACAAAUUGAAUUGCUCCCAGCAGAAACCAAAUAAUUCCAACAAAAGAUGCAGUGAUGUGGAAAAGCUUCCAGCUUCAGAACCCAUCCUUUUACAGCAUUACCCUCUCUAUCGGAAAAGUGAUGCUGAAUGCACUGGAGAAGAUUCUGCUCCUCCAGAGGAGAAAAACAUCCCCUUUAAAGAAAAGUAUGAUGUACUGUCUCAAGAGGCAUCACAAAAGCUGCUAUGGUGGUUUCAGCCCCGUUUGAUUCUCAGUGGGCACACUCAUAGUGCUUGUGAAGUGCUGCACGCAGGGAAAAUUCCAGAAAUCAGUGUCCCAUCAUUCAGUUGGAGGAAUAGAAACAAUCCUAGUUUCAUCAUGGGCAGCAUAACACCAACUGACUUCUCCCUCCAAAAAUGCUUCCUUCCGUUUGAGAGUAGAGUCUUCACUAUCUACUGUGCAGCAGGUGCUCUGCUUGUGAUCCUGGUACUAGCUCAUGUUCAGCUUCUCACUCCACCGUUUUAUUUUGCUCAGCGUUUAAUCAGUAAGCAUAAAGCAGUAUGAAGAGCCAGACAUCUGCAUUCAGUCACUGAAAUACCAAAGCUGAGAACAGUCAAACAUCAGACUAUAUUCAUGCCAGCAAAUGACCUAAUUUGAUUGCUAGUCUGAAGGCAGGUUGCAUUUACACAUACCAUAGAAGUCCUAUACAGCUGAUAUGACUACUACAGGAUAAAUAAUUAACUGAAAUGAACGUUUCAUGCUGUACAAAAAUACUGUAUUCGACAAUCAAAUGAGUCCUUUUCCUGCUAUAAUUUUUGUAUCAAAUAUGUAUAUUAAAAGUGUAACUGUACAUUAUGUAAAUCCUA